CAUCUUAUGAAAACUACAAGACUGAUGGGGGCUGGUAUUAUUUAUUUGGACUUCUUUUUUUUUGAAAAAAAAUAUAUAUUUGGACUUGACCUCCCAAAAUAUAUAUAAGCAAAAAACAAUGUUAAAAACAACUUUAUAAGCAAACUAGAAACAAUCUUAUACCAUUAUUUUGGGUUAUGAGUCUUAACACUUAUAGUGAAACUGAGAUAACGAAUAAACCUGAAAGUUCAAAGAUUUUUUUUUUAUCAACAAUUCAAAGAAUUAUAUAAAGUCUCUUAUUAGUAGAAACGGAAAAUUUGAUUUGAGAAUGACCAAUUCGAAAUCAUAAGAAGUUAUUAACCUUUAGCUUUAUUGGUUGAGCAUUUGGUUCAAUAACUAAAAAGAUCAAACUAUGCGGAAAUAGGAAGACACAAAGUCACACAACUCAGACAGAGAAAAGUUCAGGAAGUUUCAAAAUGGGAUUGUUCUCAAACAAAAUCUCCAGAGAAGAAGUGAAGCCUGGAGAUCACAUCUACUCAUGGCGUACUGCCUACGUCUACGCUCACCACGGAAUCUACGUAGGCGAUAACAAAGUCAUACAUUUCACUCGUGGAGGUGGUCGACAAACUGAAACCGGGACCUUUUUGGACAAGUUGGUCGUUAGUUCAUCUCCUAAUUAUCCUCAGUGUCUGGUCUGCAAAGAUCAUUCCAGCUUCAACGGUGACAAGGUCAUUACCUCUUGUCUUGAUUGCUUUCUUGCUGGAGGAAAUCUCUACCUCUUUAAAUACAAUGUUUCUAGGUCUUCCUUUCUUGCCAAACCUAGAGGUGGUACUUGCACAUUAGCACCUUCAGAUCCUCCUGAGGAUGUUCUUGUCCGUGCAAAUUUCCAAUUACAUAUGGAUGGGUGGUUUGGUGAUUAUGACGUCACAGAAAACAAUUGUGAAGAUUUUGCUAUCUACUGUAAAACUGGUUUACUGGUCUGCAAGAAGAAUAGAUUUGGAACCAGUGGUCAAGUCAAUGCCGCUGCUGCAGCUUCGCUUGCUUUAGCCUUGCAUGCCUGUGGGUUAAGUAUGCUCGGAGUUGGUGUGUACUGUUACGGUCGCGUUGCUAGUGACGUAAGUAGGAAUGGUGAUGUUAUCAAGGUCCCUGCGAAGAAGCUCGUUUCCAUAUUGGAAUCGGAUCGUACUUCACCAAGAGAAGGCUGGUUGAGCAUUGCCGGUCCCAAGUUUAGGGGUGAAUGAUGAUGUUGCCUAGUCAUUAUUAAAAAAAAAAAAAAGAUGAUGAUGCCUAGUUGGUGUUGUGAGUAAAGAAUUUGCUUCUGCUUUUGUUGUUGAAUUCUAAUAAUCUACGAUCCUUCAUUAAUUCUAACCCGGUUUGUCCUAA